GGUACGUGAAUAUUGAGCAAUGGACACUGGAAACUGGAGCCAGGUAACAGAAUUCAUCAUUUUGGGCUUCCCUCACCUCCAAGGUGUCCAGACUUAUCUCUUUUUCUUGUUGCUUGCCAUUUACCUCACUACAAUAUUGGGAAACCUGCUGAUAUUCUUGGUGGUCCACAUGGACUCUCGGCUCCACACACCCAUGUACAAGUUUGUCAGCAUUCUUUCCUUCUUGGAGCUUGGCUACACAGCUGCCACCAUCCCUAAGAUGCUGGCGAACUUGCUCAGUGAGAAGAAGACAAUUUCCUUUUCUGGAUGCCUCCUGCAGAUCUAUUUCUUUCACUCUCUUGGAGCUACUGAGUGCUACCUCCUGACAGCAAUGGCCUAUGACAGGUACUUAGCCAUCUGCAGACCCCUCCACUAUCCCACCCUCAUGACCCAGACACUGUGCACCAAGAUUGCUAUUGGCUGCUGGUUGGGAGGCUUGGCUGGGCCAGUAGUAGAAAUUUCCUUGGUGUCUCGUCUUCCUUUCUGUGGUCCCAACCAUAUUCAACACAUCUUUUGUGAUUUCCCUCCUGUGCUGAGCUUGGCUUGUACUGACACAUCAGUCAAUGUUCUGGUAGAUUUUAUUGUAAACUCCUGCAAGAUUCUGGCCACCUUCCUGCUGAUUCUCAGCUCCUACCUACAGAUAAUUCGCACAGUGCUCAGAAUUCCUUCUGCUGCAGGCAAGAAGAAGGCCUUCUCCACAUGUGCCUCCCACCUCACUGUGGUUCUCAUCUUCUACGGCAGCAUCCUCUUCAUGUAUGUGCGGCUGAAGAAAAGUUACUCCCUUGACUAUGACCGAGCCUUAGCAGUAGUCUAUUCUGUGGUUACCCCUUUCCUUAACCCCUUCAUCUACAGCUUGCGCAACAAGGAAAUCAAGGACGCCCUGAAGAGGCAGCUGAUGAAAACAGGGAUGCUAGGAUGA